GCAACCAUGGGAUCCCUGCAGCUGCUCAGAGCCCUGAUCCUUUGUGGUCUCCUCUGGGGCUUCUGCAGCCCCAGCGUCAGGGCCCAGAAUCCUGGGGCCCACCCCUCACACCCAGGAAGCAUGGGCCUGGACAAGAACACCGUGCACAACCAAGAGCACAUCAUGGAACAUCUCGAUGGCGUCAUCAACAGACCACAGGAGGAUCUGUCCCCGCAAGAACUGCAGCUCCACUACUUCAAAAUGCAUGACUACGAUGGCAACAAUUUGCUGGACGGCCUCGAACUCUCCACGGCGAUCACACACGUCCACAUGGAGGAAGGGAGGGAACCUGCCCCACCGAUGAAUGAAGAUGAACUAAUUAGCCUAAUAGACGGUGUUUUGAGAGACGAUGACAAGAACAAUGAUGGAUACAUUGAUUAUGCGGAAUUUGCAAAAUCGUUGCAGUAG